GUACUACGCAACCUUUUUGUCAACAUCCACCGCACAUUUUACAAAAAUGUCAUCUUCUGGGAUCAGCAAUUUGAUAGACGACGCCGACCAGGCCAUCCCACUGGCCGGCACGACAACACUAAGUGUCUCGCCUGUCUUAACGGCAUGUGCGUCAAUGCCAUUGGUCAGCCAUUCAACCAUUCACAGACGUUAAAUGGAGAAUCAGCUGGUCAGGCCAGCCAGUCGGAGUGCUCGCCGGCCUGCAAGCGCCGAUUGGUUCCCCCGACAGGAAACGAUCUGAAACGACUCGAAAACGGCCAAAGUAGCACCGCUUUUUGA